ACACUUAAACCUUAAUUUCCAGUUUCUCCCCCUUCUUUUCUCUCUCAAAAUUGUUACCCCCACAGUAAAAAAAAAAUAAAAAAUUGUGCAGUAAUAUUAUGAACCGGCCGUACGGUGGUAACAAUUACUCCAAGCUGGAAAAGGAAGACCCAGAAGAGGUAUUCCGCCGCCGGGCGCAGUUCUUGAUCUACAAGGUGAUGCAAAGAGCCGACGAUUCGGAGAAGACGGCGUCGUUUCUGCAGAUCAGGAUGUGCAAGUUGAAGGUGAAGAUAGGGAAGACGUUGAAGAAGCUGAGGAAAGGUGUGGUCUUGAGCAUGUCGGCGGCGAGACUGAGGGUUUACCGGGUGAUUAGGAUCCAGUGGAAGCGGUUGUUCGGUGGCCGGCCCAUCGCUGCCGCCGCCGGUGGUGGUGGUGGCGGUGUUCUUCCUGUUGCUGCAGCUUCCAUCUUCCCUUCCUUGUAAUAAACUGAAGAAACUAUAAUGUUUUUUUUUUUUUUGUUUCUUUUAUUACCAUUUUGAAUUUUUAUUGGGAUUUUACUUUUUGGUGUGGUUAUUUGGGAGAAGAAGUUCUUGAUAGUUGAUAUAAUGUGCCCUCUUGCUAAAAAUUUUACCUACCCUUUAAUCAAAUAGUAAAUUAGUA